CUAAUUCCAAAAUUCCCCCUCCUAAUACCCUACGGUUUCUUCGUCCUGCGCUAGUUCCUUCAUACUUUUCUCUAAUCAAAGCACCUUGAUCGCGAGGGAAUUGUGGUGGUGCUCAAUUUAUUGAUACAAAUAUGGCUUCUGAGGCUCCUUCUGCAUUGGUUGAGGAGGUGAAUGUAGCUGCAGGGGAGGCAUCUAGAGGCAGGUUCGUACUUGGGUAAUCUUGGGUUUGGAUACUGGUUAUUUUAGGAAGUUUGAUUUUAAUUCAUUGAUGUUUUGCAAUGACUUGAUUUGCAUCUGAACUGUGGAGACCAAAAGGAAAUAUGAAUCAGUGUUGUGAAAUGUAACUCAUAAUGACCCCGUGGAUAGUUUUAACAAAACUGAAAGGCAUGGAAUGAUGAUUAUAACAAUAGUGUUAUUGUGAUGAUUGGUGACAAUUAAUAUCCAAAAUUGCUUUAAAAAAAUCUGUUUAUUUUCUGAUCUAAUGUAAGUGGAUAUAAAAUUCUGUUACUAUUUUUGAUAAUUUUUACAUAAGGUGAUUGAUUUUCUGCUUGACGUUAUUGUUAUGGAUCUUCUGAAGCUUACAUCUCUUACCUACCAACUAAAUGUUGGUGGAGGCCACUGUCAAUUUUAUUUUCUAUCUGAAAGCUGUUUCUGGUGCAGGUCUUGUUCUGGGAAGAACAAGGGAAAGGUUCCUAAGAGAAUUCACAAGGCUGAAAGGGAAAAACUCAAGCGUGAGCAUUUGAAUGGGCUCUUCCUUGAGCUGGCAAAUUCUCUUGAGCUAACUCAACCAAAUAAUGGAAAGGCCUCGAUUCUGUGUGAAGCAACUCGAUUAUUAAAGGACUUGUGUGGUCAGAUUCAGUUCCUCAAAAAGGAGAAUUCAUCUCUGUCGUCUGAAUCUCACUAUGUGGCUGUUGAGAAGAAUGAACUGAAGGAGGAGAACUCUGUCCUGGAAACUCAAAUUGCAAAGCUGAAAAAUGAGAUUGAAGCAAGGGUGGCUGGAUCAAAACCUGACCUGAAUGCUCCUCCUCCUGAUUGUCAGCAAUUAGAAUUGACAUCACAAUUCAAUGGAGAUUGUCUUGGUCUGCAGCAAGGACCCACUGUCCUUGUCGUCCCCAUCCAUCCUGAUGUCCAAGCUUACCCCAUGCCUGAUACAGCACUUGUGGCCAACAAUAACUCCCUUGUAAGCAAACCACAUGCUAGGUAUCCCACUCCAGCGGAUUCAUGGCCUUCCGAACUUCUUCGGGAGCAGCCAAUAAUUGGAAAUGGGUUUCAACUUAGUAGUAGCAAUACCGUAAUUUGUAGCACAGGGGAACAAAGCCCAAGUAACUUGUAAAUUUUACCAUGUUGAUUUGUGUAAAUUCACACUAUUCCUUCCUUGGUUUUGGGUCAUUGCCAAUGUUCCUUUGGGUAGUUUAAGCAUCGCAUGAUAGGUCAAUGGUGAGUUAUGAUUCUCUUCCAUCUGCAAUACUUGGAAUUAUGAUUUUUUGCCUUGCCUGAUUGUUUUUGCUGGCAUUUAGACAAAUUUUACCCACAAUUUAGCAACUAUUGAAAUAAUGAUUUUAACGUGGA